CCCCCACCGGCUGUAAAGGCUACAUGGGGGAUCGUUGUCACUGUUGUGUGUCCUUGUGUGUGCGUGCGCACGUACCCACGCGCGUCGUCUGUACGCAAUUGUGGUGACUCAUCGGGUCCCUUUCGACGAGCAAGCCAGCAUCAGGACUCAUGGUUCUUGGCUGAUCCACGGAUGAUGUAGAGGGAUAAGGCGCUUAUGACGACAGUGGGAUUGCGUUUGCUGAAAUGGAAGCGGAUCUGCUUGGCAUAGAUCGUUUUAUUCUCACAAAUAGAAGACUUAAAGGUUGUACUUCACCUUCAGCAGUUGGUGUUUAGUUAUAUUUUACCCUUGCACGGAGGAGAAGAAAAACUUCAGUUGAAUAAAUAUUGCCAUAUUGGAUUGCGUUCAAAAGCGCUGCAAUGAAUCGGUACACGACAAUAAAGCAGCUCGGAGAUGGAACUUACGGCUCUGUCCUCAUGGGAAGAAGCAAUGAGACUGGGGAGUUGGUCGCCAUCAAAAAAAUGAAGAGGAAGUUUUAUUCCUGGGAUGAGUGCAUGAAUCUGCGGGAAGUCAAGUCACUAAAGAAGCUCAAUCAUGCCAACGUCAUCAAGCUCAAGGAAGUGAUUCGUGAAAACGACUGCCUCUACUUUGUGUUUGAAUACAUGAAGGAAAACCUCUACCAGCUGAUGAAAGACAGAAACAAGUUGUUUCCCGAGUCCAUGAUCAGAAAUAUCAUGUACCAGAUUUUACAAGGACUGGCUUUCAUCCACAAGCAUGGCUUCUUUCACCGUGACAUGAAACCUGAGAAUCUGUUGUGCAUGGGGCCGGAGCUUGUGAAGAUUGCUGAUUUUGGACUGGCAAGAGAAAUACGUUCCCGACCUCCCUACACGGACUACGUCUCCACUAGAUGGUAUCGGGGCCCAGAGGUCCUGCUCCGUUCGACCAGCUACAGCUCGCCUAUCGACAUUUGGGCCCUGGGCUGCAUCAUGGCUGAACUCUACACGUUACGCCCACUUUUUCCCGGAUCAAGCGAGGUUGACCAGAUCUUCAAGAUAUGCCAGGUGCUUGGCACUCCUAAAAAGAAUGACUGGCCGGAAGGACAUCAGUUGGCGGCAGCCAUGAACUUCCGCUGGCCUCAGUGUGUCCCAACCAACUUGAAAACACUUAUACCCAAUGCCAGCAACGAGGCCAUUCAUCUCAUGCGUGACAUGCUCCAUUGGGAACCUAAGAAGAGGCCAAAUGCUGUGCAGUCAUUACGGUACCCGUACUUCCAAGUGGGACAAGCUCUGGGACCUCCACAGCCCCUACAGCACCAGGCGCAACCCUCAGAGCAGCCGUUAAAGCCGCCUGCUCCAACCCAGCCACUCCAGCCCAUCCAGCCAUCCCAGCUCCCAGCUGUCGCUCCACACGCUCCCGCAUACCCACCACUGCCCACCUACACGGCGGACCCUCCGAACCUUGGCCUGGGCCUCAUACCCACCGUCAACAAUAAUCCUAAUCCGAACCCAGUUCCGGGGAACGAGAACAUGGGAGCAGUGGGGCUAAAGGGUGGCCGGAGGCGCUGGGGCCAGGCCAACCUCAAGAAUGCUGAGCAGUGGGAUGACUUGGAGGACCUGGACUUCUCCACCAACUUCGGCAGGAAGCCAUCUCUCCCAUGCAACAAGAAGAGCCUUGGCGAGGACACGCUGUUUGGAUCUGUAGAACAGAAGCCCCCAAACGCUUUCCCAGUUGGCAGCAAGAACACCGCGAAGCAACUGGACUCUGCAUCUUCCGCCAGACAGCAUUACCUGCGCCAGUCACGCUACCUUCCAGGUAUAAACACAAAAACUGGAGCAAAUGGAAAUCUGAAUAGAGAUGUGGAAAGCCCGUGGAGUAAAGACAGGGGUUACUCGAGCAAGCCUAUGGGAGUUGUCGCUGGAAUGAACUUAAACAGGACAAAUGCAGCAUUUGCAGGUCCUUCUUACAAUGCAGUAAGCGGUUACAUCCCAUCAUUCCAAAAAAAGGAAGUGGGAUCUGCAGGCCAAAGAGUUCAGCUGGCACCAAUCACAGGACCAACCUCCAACUACGGAGCGUGGAAGCCUACGGGCCGGCAACAAGUGGUGGGGCCGAGUUACAACCCCGCAGCCAAAACCUCCGCCGGGCUGAUACAGCGCACGCAGCCAAUGCAACCUGUCCACGGACGCACGGACUGGGCUUCCAAAUACGGAAACCACAGAUAGGAGCGGGAGACCACAGAUAGGAGCGGAAGGCCACCGCGGCUGGGCUGGAAUGAUGGCUUCCCUUCGGUCUCACCGCACACGUGGCCAACAGAAGUGGACUUGUGACUGGGCCGUUUCAGUCUGUUGGUUAAUUUUUAUUACGAGUUUUAUUUUUGUAUGAUACGCUUGUUUUUAUUCAUUGCAACUUUGCCACAUGUUUGUGGUGCUGUAAUUGAAAUGUAAAGCUACUUUUUUUUUUAUCUACCAUUCUUUAACCCUGAUGUGCAUACUCCAACAAUGGGCUUAUGUUAUGAAUGUGCCUAUAAUCCUGUAACUAAACUUUUGAUUCAAUGACAACUUUGUUAUUUUAAUUUAGUUUUUAAAGAAAAAAUAGAUUUUCCUACGUGGUAGUUUUUAAUAAUGAAACUAUUUUUUAUGUUUAACUACUUAACAUUUGUUUACCAUAAUAAAUGGAUACAGAUUUUUUCUAAAUUGCUGUUUUUUGUGCAAUAGAUACAGACAGGUUAUACAUUCAAAAUGUAAAAAUAUAUAAAGUGUAUACCAUACAAUUAUAUAAAUCUACUGGACAAUGUUUGUAUGUUUAUAACUUAAUUUCAAAUUCUGAAAAAAACAUUUGACAAUACUCCUUAAUCUGGAGCAGGAAUUAACAUAUUUAGUUCAUUAAAAAAAAUUGAACACAA